AGAUUUGUAUUGCAUUUGAAUACAUCGACGCCCUUAAAUAUAAAUUUCUCACAAAUUGUUGCACGCAAAAUAUAUUUUAAUCAGACGAUAAACUUACUGCGUUCCAGUAAAAAUGCCCAACAUUCGAUAACCCUAACUUGUGCUCUGCGUGGCCAAUAUGAUAUUUUUGUUCAGGCCCGUCACAGAGGAUCCGUAAAAAUUGAGGCCAUUGGUUUACAUCCUCAGGCCAAUUGGCCACUAUUGAAUCGAUCACAUCGCAUAACCAUACGAAGUCAAAAUCGAAUACGGAAGCGUCAAAUGAUUGUCAAAUGGGAUAGGAGUAAAUUCGAUUUCCAUGCAGUCCAGUAUUGUCUGGUGGUCAGCACGAAAGGUGCCCACAAAGAUUUCUGUCAAGCAGUUGAUGAAUUUGUAACCUCACCCUCCGCAAAUCGUCGAAAUGCACCAGGAGUUUGUCAACAACCCCUGACCAUAGAUUCAAUAUUAUCCAGGCCAGCAGAGAGGGCCAAGAAAAUUGAUCCUCACACCAUUAAUGUCAUAUGUACGGGAAGUCGUACGCAUCAGUUGAUACGAGGAUUGGCGCCCAAUUAUGAAUAUUUCUUGGAUGUAUUUGGUAUCCACACCAAACGUCAAAAUCUUACCUUUCACAUAGCCUCAUCGACCAUUCAUUUCAAUAGAACUCAUCCGGUCUUGUUGAAGGCCAAUUCCUUGAGUAUGGUGAAAAUUUCCGGGGUACAUGGAGUGCAAGUGUUUAGUUUUAAGGUUCCUCCUCUUCCCACACCAGAUUCCCAGACAUCACUGCGUUACUUGAUUUUGCCCUGUGGUGGCAGUGAAGUCGAUGCCAAAAUUUUAAAGCAACGCAAAGUCAUAGGAAACAUUAGCAACAUUUACCGGCCAACUUAUAUCGAUUUGUCAUCGAUACGGGAAUCUGGUCGUUAUAUGAUUCGUUUCAAACCCAGUAACGAUGAUGAGGUCCUAAGAGCCAAUAAAAUUGGGCUGGCCGUAACAACAAAUCGCGUUUUUAGUCAACUACCCGAAUUGCCCGAAAACAUAACUGUUUUUGAGGUACGAACAAAAUGUCAUUCGACAAAAAUUGCCUGGUAUAGUUCGCCGGAAAUCCGUACACUCAGCUACUGCAUAAUUGUGUUCAAUUUGCCGCAACGCAAUCGCAGCUCCAUCGAUUAUACAAAUUAUUGCAUGGAUUUUGGCAAGCGUGUAGUGCAACAUCCGCAAUUUCAUUCAAUAAAAUGCCCCAAAAAAGCUAAAAAUCCACCACUUUUGGAAACCGAUACGAUAUUCAAUUUAACACCGGGUGAAUCCUACUUAAUCUAUGUAACCGCCAAUCUAAGUGAAGGCAAACCGCUACCCUAUCAAUCUCUCAAGGUGAAAAUGCAUCAUCAGUGUCCCGAAGAAGUGCUGGGCAUAGAAUCAAGAGAUCAAUCGACCUACUAUUUGAAUUAAGUUUAAAUUAUAAGCCAGCCAACACAAAAAGAAUUCCAAAAAAUAAAACAAA